UGACGUGUUACUGUUGACGUGGUCUGGGUCGGUUUAAAGGUGCACGUGUUCCGUCACCACGCCGUCCGCAGCGCAGGUGUGCCGUGACGUCAUGUGGGUCUUCGGGUACGGCUCUCUGAUCUGGAAGGUGGACUUCCCGUUCGAGGAGAAGCGGGUCGGCUUCAUCAGAGGCUUCAGCCGCCGCUUCUGGCAGGGCAGCAGCGACCACCGGGGCGUGCCGGGCAAGCCGGGCCGGGUGGUGACUCUGGUGGAGGAUCCGGAGGGCUGCGUCUGGGGCGUCGCUUACAAGCUGCCGACGGGCCGGGAGCAGGAGGUGAAGAGUUACCUUGACUACCGAGAAAAAGGUGGCUAUCAGGUCAUCACGGUGACCUUUCACCCCCGUCCACCACUGUCUCCCCCGCCCAGCCAAAUGCUGCUCUACAUCGGCUCUCAGGACAAUCCGGACUACCUCGGCCCCGCCCCUCUGGAGGAGAUAGCCAACCAGAUCGUCGACUCCACCGGUCCAAGCGGGCAAAACACGGAGUACCUUUUUCAGCUGGCUGACGCUGUGAGGACAAUUCUACCUGAGGACGCAGACACACACCUGUUUUCUCUAGAAACGUUAGUGAGGGAACGACUACACAGCGGGCAGAAACACUCACACACUCAAACAGGCUGAUAGUGAUCAGACAACUAUUAAAAGUAAUCAAUGAUUAAUAUCUGGCUGGAGUUGUAGAAUAAUCUCAGGGUUUAAGGUAAGAAUGGAGACAACAAGGAUGUUUGUUAGAUACAAAAAACAUGUUGUGUGUCCCGUGCAGAAAAACACAUAACAAAUAAUAUGUAUUGAAAGCUGCUUAAAAUACAUAAAGGUACUGUUAUUCAAACUACGUGUUGAAUGAUCACAAAAUAUGCUUUGGACAAACUCGUCAAUUCACUCUGUACAAUAUAGAACCGAGAAAAUGAAGAACGUUUUGAGAUAAUAAAUAUAUUCUGAGUGAAUAUGAAUCUACAUUCACGUGUGCGUUUGGUCUGUUGUGGGUCUUGUGCUGUGUGUGUUCUACUGGGUGAAAUAUUUGGGCCAAUAUAACAUUAACAGGUUUAUUUUGAACCCAGUGAAGUUUGAUUUAAGACUCUCAUGGAUAUAAUAAAACAUGAUGGAACCAACAUUUG